AUGAACAAGAUAGGAAAAAGGUUGCUAGCUAUUUACACAUUUGGAAUAAUAUUGUUUCAAGAGUAUAUAAUUGGCUUUAAUGUGAAAAAGGCUUCUUCAUUAAAUCGAUUGUCACAAACAUAUGAGAGAAAAAAUAUAUCAAGAAAAAAAUAUAAUAAUAUAGUUUAUUCAAAUUAUAAAGAAAAAAAAAGAAAUAAUAAUUUAUUUUCUAUAGAAAGGAGUAUAGAUAAAGUGACUGGAAAUUUUAUGUGCGAUAAAGAGUUAUUUUUAGAAGUUGAUAAGAAACAAAAAAUGAUUGAAGAAAUUGAAAAACUGCAAGAAUUAAAUUAUGAAAAUGUUAAAAAAUAUUUAGACAAACUAAGUGAAAAUGAUGUAUAUGAAGAAGUUAUAAAUCAUAAAAUUCAUUUAUAUAAAAAAAAUAAUGAAAAAGAUAAACAAGAUAAUUUAAUAAAAGUUCAAAAUUUUUUAAACCCGUAUAUAAUAAGUUUAAGAAAAAAAAAAGCAAAAACUAAAGUAGAAUAUUUAAUAGCAAGUAUGGUAAAAGGAGAAAAUAUAGAUCAAAUAAUAACAGAAAUGUUUCAAAAAAAAUUAAUAGAUAUUUAUGUAUUAACAUUUAUAGAUGAUAAAAUUAUAGAAGCCAAUUCAAAGCUUGCACCAAACAGUAAAUUAAACUUUUAUAAUAGUACUAAUGAUGUCAGUGGUUAUAGUAGUGGGAAUAAGGAAGAGAUGAGUUUAUCUGAAAAGAUUUUAAGGGCAUUAAAAGAUCGAGUAUUAGCUCAACAAAAAUUAAAUGCAAAAGGGACAUUUGAUUUUACAAGAAUAUUAUUUUUAUCAACAACUUUAGAUUUAGAGGAAGAUAGAGAACCUAUAAUUAGAUCUAUAAUUAAAAGUAUUGAACAAUUGGAAGAGUUAGAACUUUAUUUAUUGGAUGCCUUAGAUUAUGCACAAGAAAAUGAAAAAAUGAAAAAGUAUAUACCACAUAUGGAACUUCUUCUCAAUGCAUGUAAAAAAAUGAACCCUGUUAAUAACCAACUAUUAAACAAACAAAAUGAAAAUGUUCGUUUUUUUCCAGAAAAUAUGGAUUCAUCCAAUUUAAAUGGAUUAUAA